CGCGCUCUCAGCCAUUCGAUGGAGGGUAAGGUAGCCAUGUUGUAGUCGGUGGAAAGAAAGCACAAACCGGACAAACUCGGUGCAGACUCCGUUACUGUCGAACACACGGCUCGUAGCGGCCGUCCAUCCUGUUUUCUGAUCGGACUGCCUACCUGUAGCAGACACCAUGAGCGGCGGGACGCCUUACCUGGGCAGCAAAAUCAGCCUGAUCUCGAAGGCCGAGAUCCGCUACGAAGGGAUCCUGUACACCAUCGACACCGAGAACUCCACCGUGGCUCUGGCCAAAGUGCGUUCAUUUGGCACAGAGGACAGACCCACAGACAGGCCCAUCCCUCCUCGAGAUGACACCUUUGAGUACAUCAUCUUCAGAGGCAGCGACAUCAAGGACCUGACUGUGUGUGAGCCGCCCAAACCAACAUGCUCUCUUCCUCAGGACCCUGCCAUUGUUCAGUCGUCCAUGAGCUCCAGCUCCUCGUCUUCUGCUGCCGCUGCUCCAACCCCGUUCCAGUCCGCUGGUUCCUACGGCCUCUUCAACCGAGCUCCAGUUCCUGCCUAUAACCAGUUCAGCACCAGCCCCCUGGUUUCCCCUCAGUUUGGACCAGUUGGUGUCGGACGAUCAGUGCCCUCCUUUGUGAGCAGUACGAGCACAGCCUCGACCCAGUCUCAGAGCACUGCUAUUGGCUCUGCUCUGUCCUCUGAAUAUCGCUCUCUGGGUCCGUUUGUAACCGAAGGCCGCAGCAGCCCCACCCUGGACCCUUUGCGGAAGAGCCCCACCCUGGAGCAGGUGAUCCAAACUUCCCCGUCGGCUCCGUCAGCCCCGACCACUACCACCACAGCCCCAGCCCCUGGCCUGGGACGCAGGAGCCCCACCCACGGUCGCACGGCCCCCUCCAGUGCCGGUCAGGGCAUCCAGAAGGUCCAGCACCAGGAAGGCGUGGACACGAGGAGGGGUGAGACUGUCAGGGGAGGCCGCAGCAGCCAGGGCUGGUCUGCACCCCGAACCAUCUCCGCCUCUCACAUCACUGCUGUAGAUAGGGCUUCCACUGCAGGGCUUACCCACUCUAUCUUUAGCCACCCAGGCACAGACGUCCAGAAAGCCCCCAAACCAGAGUCUGAGCAGGCGCGAGGUGAAGGCAGGGAUACCAGUAAACGUUCCACAGCGGCUGCUGGAGCACCGGCUAACCGGCGUGGUCGAGGGGGUGGACACCGUGGCAGAGGGCGCUUCAAUGUUCGCCGAGACGGACCCAUGAAGUUCGAGAAAGACUUUGACUUUGAGAGCGCCAACGCCCAGUUCAACAAGGAGGAGAUCGACAGGGAGUUCCAGAGCAAGCUCAAAUUAAAAGAUGAGAAGACUGAGAAGUCGGAGAAAGCGGUGAACGGAGAGGAUAAGGGCGACUCAGGUGUGGAAACCCAGAACAGCGAAGGUAACGCUGAUGAAGAGGGUGACCCACUCGGCCCCAACUGCUACUACGACAAGUCCAAGUCCUUCUUCGACAACAUCUCCUGUGAUGACACCAGGAAAGCAAAUGAGAAGUCUGGAGUCUCAGGUUUCCCAAGGGAGCGGAGGCAGACCUGGGCAGAGGAGAGGAGGAUGAAUGCCGAGACGUUCGGCAUCCCCCUCCGUCAGGGCCGAGGCCGCGGAGGUUACCGUGGACGUGGAGGUAUGGGCUUCCGCGGAGGUCGGGGUCGUUCGGCUAGCCGAGGGUCCUUCGGGCCGCCACAGGGAGGCGGCGGCUUCAGGGGAGGAUACAGAGGAAACCAGGCUGGACGAGAGUUCGCCGACUUAUCAGCAUACAGGAAGGACAACAAAGUGGCUGCGUAGUGUCGACAGGAGGAAGCUUCUCCAGAAAGGUGGAACUUCUUCACGCUUCAGUGGAAAACAAAUAGUUUUGGUUGACUAAAAUAAUGAAGAUUGUCUACUAGUUGUAUAUUUGUCACCAGCACUGGGGGUAGACUGCUCGAACACAACGGUGGAAACAACAACAACAACAACAACAACAAGAAAAACAUUCUAAAAAAAAAAGUCCAGAUCUCAACAAAAUAAUUUCCAGGUGGCUGAAAUAAUUAUGUAUAAAUGUCAUAUUUCAGAGGGAUGUUUUUUGUUUUUAAUGAAUUAUGUCCCCGGCCCCUUUCCUAAACCUGUCUUUGAUAAUAUUUUGUUAGCUGUCAGGGGUUGUUUGACUGACACAUAGCUUUAUUUGGGGGGUGGGUUCAACAUAUCCUGUAAGUGCAGCACCGGAACAGCCCACAGGAUCUCAGUCACACCUUUCUAACAUGUAUUUUUCUACUACUACAUAGACUCUUCAUCAUCCUGUUGUCACUGUCACGUCUCUCCCACCUCUUCAGUGCUCGUGAUCUUUCACCUCAAACCUCUCUCACAGUCGCUUUCAGCUCCGCAGCUUCCUUUCCUCUCUCAUUCGAUCUUUAAAGUGUUGACUCGUGUUUCACAUCUUGACAUUAGCGUAGGGAGCAACAUGUGUACUCAACUGGUUUUUGUGGUAGUUUUUACUCCCAGUCCACAAGCUAACUGGGUCACAGAUGGAUCAUAGGUCAAAUUUCAGAAGUUUUCUUUGGAUAUUUUUCAUUUAUUUCUCUGUGAUUUGCUUCAUUCAUGAGUUGCUGGUGCUUAAAGGGGCUUCGGUUAGUUCGAGCUGUAGUGUAAAAUCUUAAUAUUAACUAGCUUAAAGCCUCUCAGCUGAUAGGCCUCAUAGAUAUGGAAGAUUUAAAAUGCCCAAAGUAAAACAAAUCAGAUUAACUGGGUCAUAAAAAUACCAUUAUUGAACUUAACUCUUUAAUGAGUUGUUUUUUUAUUGUAAAAAAUCCAAUCACAACAGAGGAGUGUAAUGUUUCAGUGAUGUCCAGCAGAGAGCAGCACAAACCUGCCAGUACUAGACAAUAUACACUGUCAUGAGGACGAGAGAGUUUGUUUUUAGAGAUGGAAAACUGCGUGGGUGCUUGAAGAGAUAAUUUAUUAAGUACAAUUGCAACGUUUCCGCAGUUUCAUCAAAAUCUCAUGUCAGUUGACUUUGUAAUAAAUACAUCACUUUGA